UAUUACUUGAAACUUCUACAAUAUCUAUUUUAAAGUCAACUGUAAGUAUAACUUUUUUCAACCUUUUAUUCUAUUUUAAAAGACGCAAAAUGAAAUAUCGAUAACCCAAAUAAUUAAAUGUGCAUCUUUUGUAGAUAAAGUGCAAGGUCAUUUAUGUGCAAAUAGUGAUAUGUACAUUUGUAUGUUUUAAAAAUACUAGUAAUGCAUUUUAACUAUAUUGUGGGUCUGUAUUUAGUAUUAGAAUAUAAUUGUCAAAUACAUAUAACUGAUCAAAGAAUUUAAUUAUUGGUUGACAUAUGAAUAAUUUGUCGUUGGCGCGGGGAUCAGUCGCAUGAUAGUUUAUCUUAGCAGUAAACACUCUGGUAAAGGAUUCAAUAUAAAGGUAAAUUUUAUACGGAUGUUUAUCAUAAGACUUCAACCUGAGUGUACAUAAGUUAUUUUUAGCCUCUGAAAAUUACCAACUCCCACACAAAAUAGGAGUUAUAUAGAUAAAGAGAAACGAAACGACAUUAUUGUUAUAUUACAUAUAUUUAAAAUUACAAAAGAUAGAUACAUAACACAUAAACUCUUUUUUAUCUGUUAGGAAAUAACUGUGUGUUGCAAAAAGUAUAUUGUAGCGUCAAAGAAUUAAGAAAUUCGUCCGUUGUGAUGUAUUGUCAAAUGAGCUGUGAUAGGUGUGAGAUGGUACACCGUUUCCCGGAGCAUAUCAGAAAGCAUGUUGUGGAAGUUCUCAAAACUGGCCAAGUCUGUAAGGAACUACUUCAUAUUGACGACAUUUCGUUGUAUUUAGAAGUAAGUGGCAUAUCUCGUCCUCUGAAGACAGCUUGUGAGGAGAAGCUGCUUGAAAUAGUCGAUGUCAAGAAUUCAAUAGAUGCUUUACAAAUUGCGGAAAAGUAUCAGCUUUUAUCUCUCAAGAAAGAAGCCAUAGCGUUGAUAACCAAACAUUUUAAGAAUCUGUGGGAUACUGAUUCUUUCGAAUACCUCCAUGAACAAAACUUAGAAAGAAUUUGUCAAGUCAAAGACGUUUUUAAACAUGAUGACAUUUUUCGAGCAUUGGCAAAAUGGCUGAAUUGGAAUCAUGAAAAUCGUUUGAAGUUUUACGGUAAACUUUUACAUUCAGUCCAAAGACAGCGGUCUCCUCGAAAAUAUUACGACACCGAAAAAACAUACCAUUUAUAUCAUGCUAUGAUCAUGCCGUCUAUAACAUCAAAGUCUACUAUAGUAGUUGUUGUUUUCAACUGCGAUGGCGAUCUAGUAUGUCACAGGAAACUGUUUAAAAGUCAUGACGUAAUGGACAGGUUUUCUGUUGCUUGUGCGCAAAAAGAUGAAACCGAAGCACCUUAUGUUUACAUUGCAUCUGGCAAACAUGUGGUUCGGUACGAUGCUGUUCUAUUAAAGCAUGAAAACUGUCAUAAUCUCAAUCAUCAACGGUCAGAGUGUUCAUUGGUGGUUCUUGGAGAUUUCAUUUACGCUCUUGGUGGCCACCAUAAAGGAAACAAUGUGUUAGAAAUUGAAGAACUGGACAUAAAGCACCAUCGAAAUAUGUUAUCGAUUAAAAAGUCAUGGAAAACAAUUGCACAGCUACCGGACAACGUAAAACUUUCAUUCGCUCCAUGUAUGACUUAUUUUGAUAAAAUAUACAUUGUUGCCGAAUUAUUAAGUGAUGGAAAUAUAAAGUCAACGGGCCUUUUAACCUUUGACCCAAAUGAAAAAACUGUCGAAGUAGUGGCCAAUUUUUCGAAACAUUGUACGGACUGCAGAGCCCUUCUCCAUGAUUCGAAAAUAUUCGUUGCUUCAAGCGAGGGAUAUUUUCUGCAGUAUGACAUCCGGACGAAAAUAUUUUCUUUCUGUGCAGAUUUACCUACAAAAGGAAAUCAUUUUGGUAUGUAUGCUGCAUGGAACAGUAUUUACGUCGUUGGCGCGUCUGUUUCCGAUAAUAACUUUGAUAGAUUUGAAAAAGAUGUAUAUGAUAUUCAGACAAACAGCUGGAAACAAGAACGAAUACUACCAUGUAAUCUUCCAGUUUAUGGGAGCUGUGACAUAAAAGUCCCUUCCUACACUCAUUUGAUCCCAUUUAAUGAUUCAAGGUGACUAGAAAGCCAGUUGUUCAGUUGUAUGACUAAUAUCUCUGAUUUAUUGCUUUCUAUAUAGUCAUUGUUUUGUUUUAAAAUUAAAUUUUCAAAAUGUGAA